AUGGAAUGCAGCGAUGCAUGUAUCGAGACAGUCAGCAAUGCACUCCGCGACCUCACAAGCGAUGAUGCGCUGGCGGCUUUUUGCAGUGCCAACACUAUUGAGCGAUACGUGAAAGCACGCAACGGUGACGUUACUGCAGCCACAUAUAUGCUGAGGCGCCCUAUGACAGCUUGCAGUACGGAAGAGCAGACAAAAUUCUGGAUAUACAACCUGGAAACGGCAUGCAAAAUGGCAGAUGAUGCUGGUGUGGGCCAGGUCAUCGUUGCUGCGGACCUGGCAAACUUCUCAGAGGGCCUCACCCAGCUGGCCAGCUUCAUCCACCUCGCCCAAAAUCACUACCCAGAGCGCCUGGCCUUUGCUGUGCUGUCAAGGCCCCCCACUUACUUCUGGUUGGCCUGGUCAGCAGCUCAGGCCUUCCUGGAUGAGAAGACUAGCGCGAAGAUCACCCUGGUGUACACAAAUGAUGAGCUGCGCACGGCGCUCCUGCCUCAUAUCCAGCCUGCACACCUGUAUCAAAGUCUGGGCGGGGACAAGAAGGACGACUUUGAUCUGGAGGGUCACCGGCAGAGGAUGCAGCUGAUGGACUUGGAGCGCCAGAGGGAAGCAGGCUUCUUCAAGAGCCAAGGCCAGAAUGCAGUGAAGGUGCAGUGA